GGGGCGCGACGUCGGCCGUGCGGGGUCCCGGCGUCGGCGGCGCGCGCGCUCCCUCCUCUCAGAGAGAGGGCUGUGGUAAAAGCCGUCCGGAAAAUGGCCGCCGCCGCCGCUGCCGCGCCGAGCGGAGGAGGAGGAGGAGGCGAGGAGGAGAGACUGGAAGAAAAGUCAGAAGACCAGGAUCUCCAAGGCCUCAAGGACAAACCCCUGAAGCUCAAAAAGGUGAAGAAGGAUAAGAAGGAAGACAAAGAGGGCAAGCAUGAGCCCCUGCAGCCCCCAGCUCACCACUCCGCUGAACCGGCAGAGGCAGGCAAAGCGGAGACCUCAGAAGGCUCGGGCUCGGCCCCAGCUGUACCGGAAGCCUCUGCCUCCCCCAAACAGCGGCGCUCCAUCAUUCGUGACCGGGGACCCAUGUAUGACGACCCCACUCUGCCCGAAGGUUGGACCCGAAAGCUCAAGCAAAGGAAGUCGGGCCGCUCCGCUGGGAAGUAUGAUGUGUAUUUGAUCAAUCCCCAGGGAAAAGCCUUUCGCUCUAAAGUGGAGUUGAUUGCGUACUUCGAAAAGGUAGGCGACACCUCCCUGGACCCUAAUGAUUUUGACUUCACGGUAACUGGGAGAGGGAGCCCCUCCCGGCGAGAGCAGAAACCACCUAAGAAGCCCAAAUCUCCCAAAGCUCCAGGAACUGGCAGAGGCCGGGGACGCCCCAAAGGCAGCGGCACUGCGAGACCCAAGGCAGCGGCAUCAGAGGGUGUGCAGGUGAAAAGGGUCCUGGAGAAAAGUCCCGGGAAGCUGCUCGUCAAGAUGCCUUUUCAAGCUUCACCGGGGAGCAGGGCCGAAGGGGGCGGGGCCACCACGUCCACCCAGGUCAUGGUUAUCAAACGCCCUGGCCGGAAGCGAAAAGCCGAGGCUGACCCCCAGGCCAUUCCCAAGAAGCGGGGGCGCAAGCCAGGCAGUGUGGUGGCGGCUGCUGCCGCCGAGGCCAAGAAGAAAGCCGUGAAGGAGUCUUCCAUCCGCUCCGUGCACGAGACCGUGCUCCCCAUCAAGAAGCGUAAGACCCGGGAGGCCGUCAGCAUCGACGUGAAGGAGGUAGUGAAGCCCCUGCUGGUGUCCACCCUGGGCGAGAAGAGUGGCAAGGGACUGAAGACCUGCAAGAGCCCUGGGCGGAAGAGCAAGGAGAGCAGCCCGAAGGGGCGCGGUGGCAGCGCCUCGUCGCCCCCCAAGAAGGAGCACCACCACCACCACCACCACGCGGAGCCCCCGAAGGCACCGGCGCCGCUGCUUCCGCCCCCGCCCCCGCCCCCGCCCGAGCCGCAGAGCUCCGAGGACCCCAGCAGCCCCCCUGAGCCCCAGGACUUGAGCAGCGGCAUCUGCAAAGAGGAGGAGAUGGCUAGAGCGGGCUCGCUGGAGAGCGACGGCUGCCCCAAGGAGCCGGCUAAGACUCAGCCCGCAGUCGCGACCGCCGGCGCGGCCGCAGACAAGUACAAACACCGAGGGGAGGGAGAGCGCAAAGACAUUGUUUCGUCCUCCAUGCCAAGGCCAAACAGAGAGGAGCCUGUGGACAGCCGGACGCCCGUGACCGAGAGAGUUAGCUGACUUUCCCCGGCGGAUCGCAGAGCAAACCAACAAGAUUAAAGGCAGCUGUUGUCUCUUCUCCUUAUGGGUAGGGCUCUGACAAAGCUUCCCGAUUAACUGAAAUAAAAAAUAUUUUUUUUUCUUUCAGUAAACUUAGAGUUUCGUGGCUUCAGGGUGGGAGUAGUUGGAGCAUUGGGAUGUUUUUCUUACUGACAAGCACAGUCAGGUUGAAGACCUAACCAGGGCCAGAAGUAGCUUUGCACUUUUCUAAACUAGGCUCCUUCAACAAGGCUUGCUGCAGAUACUACUGACCAGACAAGCUGUUGACCAGGCUUCUUAGGGUAUGCCUGCACCUCCCCUCCCAUCCGACCUCACCCCGCCCCCCCCAUGUGGUCAUUAGGGACAGCGAGUGCCAUUGGUGCCCCCGUUUCCGCUCUCCUCUCCCCGCCAACCCUGCCCCACCCCCACCCUCCGGCUCGCCCGCCUUCCCCAUCCCCACCCACACUGGGACAAGGAGGUGUGAGGCAGGAGAGACAGGUGGAUCCUUUAGAGAAAAAGACAAGAGAUGGCCCGUGGCUGUGGCCCUGCGCGAUCUCACCCAUGAUGGCACAAAUCCGGCCCCAGGCCGGUCCCAACCCAAAACUGACUAGGAUAUUUCACAAGACAGGGAAGUAGCACUUGUUUGCUCCAGCUCUGGCCUGGCUUGGAAGGGGUCAGUCCUUGUGCUGCCGGUGCGGACUGGCCGGAGCCAGGUGAGAGGAAGGCGCAGGGCCACUCUCCAGUGAGUGGCGCGAGAGAGACAGAGAGAGGGAGGGGGUGGGGGCAUGGCAGCAACAGGACGAGGCACAGGCAGGCUGGCCCCGGGCUCCUGGGCUUCUCUGGGUGGCGGAGGGCAGUGGGGCCGAUGGAAUUCCUAGUCACUCCGAGCAGUCUGUGGCUGGUAGGUAGAGGCCUAGUGGGCAAGUUGGGGUGCCAGGGGGAAAGAGGGGAAAAAGUUCUUCCAAAACUUUCCAAUUCUACUCCUUUAGGGACAGCUUAGAACUAUUUGCACUAUUGAGUCUUCAUGUUCCCACUUCAAAACAAACAUGCUCUGAGAGCAAACGGGCUUGAAUUGGUGACACUUUGUCCCUCAAGCCACCAGACGUGACGGUGUUCACAACUACCUGUACCUGCGCUUGUUUUAAAGUGGGCUCAGCACAUAGGGUUCCCACGAAGCUCCGAAACUCUAAGUGUUUGCUGCAAUUUUAUAAGGACUUCCUGAUUGCUUUCUCUUCUGUCCUUCCAUUUCUGCCUUCUUCCAUGCAUCUUUUCAUUUCUGCCCCUCCUUGUUCGUCCCCUCGGUACUAGGCACCCGCAGCUCCCAGCUUUACCUGAGCUGAUGCUGGCCAGCUCAGGCCACCAGAUCACACCCUGCCCUUGGCCUUCCCACUGCCAGCUCUAGCCCUAGCCCCACCCCAUUUCGAGCCCUGAGGAAGCCCCAGGCUCUGCUGAGUCCUCCUGGCCCUAAGGCCUUGGCCUCUCUGAAGGGCAAGAGGGCGGCAAGGUCUCGCUCUCUUAGGGAGCGCCCUUCCCUUGGGAAGACCUUGGAUUCCAGGCCUUCCCAACCUUCCACUCGAGAGAAACAGGCAGGAGAAGUUGGGCAGAUUUGGAUUUGGGAGCUGAGGGUAGCACAGAGGCCCCCGUGGCCUGCCAUAGUCCUCAAGUAGCCCAGCCCUGACCUUGGCCUCAGCCAGGCCCAGCUAGCAUAGUGUGGUGCGACGACGCAGCUGAUGGGAAGAAAUGCAGCUGCCCCAGGCCUGAGCUGCCCCCCCCCCCACCUCUCUGCUCCUGCUGUAAGGUAACCAUGAGUUCUCCUCUGGUGGGAGACGUCUGGCUUUGGCUGGAGACUGGGUGGGGCCAGUGUAUGACACAUGUCCACCUCUGUGCCGGGGGACGGUGUGGGGGCCGAGAGGCUUGGCUUUGCUGUGGGUGUUCAUUGCUCAGUCUCCAUUUGGGAGCCCGUCCUGCGUUCUGUGUUCAGGAAGUCCUUAUCUAGCUGCACAUCGUCAUCAUACUGGUCUGUCCUUUUCUGUGUUUACAGAGAUGUCUCUUGUAUCUAAAUCUGUCCACCUGAGAAGUACCUUAUCAAAGUAGCAAGUGAGACAGCAGUCUAAUGCUUCCAGAAACACCCACAAGCACGCCCCAUGCGAGCUGCCGCCAUGAACUGUCAAGUGCGUGUUGUCUUGUGUAUUUCAGUUACUGUCCCCUGGCUUCCUUACUGCGGUGUAACCAUGAAGGAGUGAAACACCCUAACCGUCCAGCACUUCCUUGCCAGCCCUUAGUGAUCAGGAACCAUAGCUGACAGUUCCAAUCAGUAGCUUAAGGAAAAAACGCGUUUGUCUCUUCCAGAAUGGUUAGAAGCAAGGGAGUUUUCCCCCAUUCUGUUUGCAGAAUCAUAGUUGGCCUUUGUAGCAUUUUUGUACCCAUUUCCUUAUUCUGUGAAAGCAAGUCCCACAACCAGACCCGCCCUGCUGUUGGCCCUCUGGGCUUCACUUCUGACUCCUCCCUAGGAAGGGAAGGGGGGUCGGAGGAGGGGGCAAGUCCUUCAGGAUCCCUCUUCCUUCAAGGACAAAAGGCUCCUGACCCUGAAGGGGCCUUGCACUCCAGGCACCCACAAAGGAUGCCUGUCCAUGCGAGUACAGUGUCCGGCCAGUUUGUCCUGGAGAUGCUGUCCGUUCGGGUCGGUUGGGUUUUUAUGCAUUAAACUUAGUCCAGUGGAAUAAGUGUCUGGAACCAGUGUCCAGAGCCGGCCUCUCUGUCAGUUCAGUACCGUCUGGUCCUGGGAAGAAGAGUGUGGGGCCCGCCACGCCCCUUUUCCACGUGAGACCAUUCAGGGGCUGACUGGGCAUUGGUGGUUGAGAGCACAGCUAUUCAAGUAUCAUUUCCUUUUGGCCCAGCCUGACCUUCAGCCCCCUCGCUCCCCAGCUGCUUCUUAUAGUUCCAAAGCUGCAGGCAGCCCCUGAGGCUCCUUGGGGCUUUCUCACCCCUCCCCUUUCUUCCACGGUCCCACUUUUUCACCUAAUAAAGGCAUCACAAGUAAGUCACCAUUAA